CCGGCGCUAAACUUAUCUCACCAAUCGCCGCAAAUCUCACUCACUUCGUACAUGAGCAUGAAACUAUAAAUUGUGAUCGGGGCAUGGUGAUGUAGAGAAAACUUGGAUUUGGUCUUUCUAUGUAGUGCGAUUGGGGCCGAGAAGUUCUGUGGCCAUGGCGUCGAUCGUGGCUCGUAGAUCAAUUCGCAUGCACCUGUUGCCAUGUUUUAUCGAUGCCAUUCCAUGCAGAGCGCAGCAAGAGCGAGCACUAAUUCCUUUCGGGAUUGACACAAUUGUACCUACUUCGAUCAGACAUCGUCGAAUUGUCCCUAUCUCCACUGUGUCCUGUUCGGCUGCGAUGCGAGAGGAUCAAGCGGCUUUUCACAGUGAGAAGAUGGAGCAAAAGGGAAAACUUGAUGAUGGAAAGCAGGAGAUAGGGAGUCGGAGUGGAGAGCGGUUCCGUUUAACUGGAUCAUGCGCACUGGUUCUUCAACGUGGUGACAUAACGAAGUGGCAUAUAGAUGGGAAGACCGAUGCAAUUGUAAAUGCUGCCAAUGAGAGGAUGGUUGGUGGGGGAGGGGUUGAUGGAGCGAUUCACGCAGCUGCUGGGAAACAGUUGUUGGAGGCUACCAAAAAAAUUCCAAUUUCAGAAGGAGUCCGCUGUCCAGUUGGAAGUGCUGUUCUCACUCCAGGGUUCAAAUUGCCAGUGUCGAAGAUCAUCCAUACCGUGGGACCAAUUUAUUAUAUUGAAGGGAAUCCAGCCAGCUUAUUAGCGAAAGCUCACAAAGAAUCAGUUCGUCUUGCUACAGAGAAUGGAUUGAAGUAUAUUGCUUUUCCAGCCAUAUCUUGCGGUGUGUAUGGAUAUCCCAUUGAAGAGGCAGCAGAGAUUUCCAUACAGUCACUUCGGGAGAGUGCCGGGGAAUUGUUGGAGGUACAUUUUGUUCAUUUUCAGGCAGCUACAUAUCGUGCAUGGCUUGCUGAAGCCAAGGUGAAGCUAGAGAAGCUUACUGACUCUUAAUCUCUUGGUUUUAGUCGUAAUUUUUGUUAGAUAACUACUGGCUCUGCUAUGGAGAACGCCACGCCAUUCAGAUAUUAGUCCCUGGGAAAAACAAAUCCUGAAAUAUAAUUAGUCAUUUUCUACCAACGAAUUUUAAUCUUGAAUUUGAGUUCUUUAACUCAUCGAAGGCUGCAAGGAUAUGACUAACUUGAUCAAUGAAUUGGGUGACUCUAAUUACACCAGUUGAUAUUUAA